AUCAAGCCUGGAGCAGACGACGCAGGACGCUCAGACAGACAAGGUCGGAGACUCGGAGACGGACCUCGGAGGGUGUAAACUGUAAAGAGACAGUUCACCUCUGCCUGCCGUGGAGUGAAGGUGUCGUUUUCUCUCUCGCUCACAUACUAGUUGAACUUCCGCUAGAGUACGAGUUUAGGCAGUGGUACUCAAGAUGAUGCGCGGGACUUUGCUGACGGUGGGCAUAGUGACGGGUGUGCUGAUCACGCUCGUGGGCGGUCAGAUCAAUUUUCCUGACCAUGAUUCAGUAGCCACUUCCUUCGCUCAGGCUGGAGCUGUAUCCAACCAGGAGGCAGGCUUUGCCACUGCUCAAGCUGGAACUAUAUUCAACCAUGGGGUAGGCUCUGCCACUGCUCAGGCUGGAGCUGUAUCCAACCAGGAGGCAGGCUCUGCCACUGCUCAGGCUGGAGCUGUGUUCAACCAGGGGGCAGGUUCCGCUGCUCAAGAUACAGCUUCUUUCGUCCAGGGGGUAGGCUCCGCUGCUGCUCAAGCUGCUCCCACCUUCGCCCAAGCAAACACCGGUGGGCUCGGGGUACUGAAGCCUGAUGCCAGACAAGGGGAAGACCCAAGCAGCAUUAUAUUCUUCCCCCGAGAAGAAUCAAAACCCCAGAUACUGUGCACGACCUAUGAGGGCAAACAGGGGUCAUGUCGCCUGCUGGUACAGUGCGCCACAUUCUUCGCUGAGAUUGCAGAGCUCUCACGAUCCCCCUGCGCCAUUAGUACAAAUCAGCAGGGCGUUUGUUGCCCCACAACCAAGCAGCCAAUAACAGACGUGGGAGGGUUGAUCAGCAAACUGCCCCAACAGCGGCCAAUUGAGUUUCCCAGCCUGGAGUUGCCCCAACUCAACGAAGCCUGCGUGAAGGGUCUCCAGCAACUCAGCGAAAAGGAGGCCUUCGAGACAGAGCUACUGAAAAACCAAGUGGUGGCAGAGAAAGGGUCGCCAGUGUAUUUCCAUGCCCAGCUCUUCCAAACCACUGAGAAUAUCAUCAACAAGGCCAAGGACGCUGCUAAGAACGUGGCCGCCUCUAUAAACCUCGUCAAAGAGUUCAACCUUACCAAAGACCAAGGUGGGUUCGGUCUUCCACAGUUCGGCAUUCAGAACACGGUGAUUGAGAACACGUGCCCCAAGGACCCUCUGUGCCCUAAAACCAAGUACCGGGCCUUAGAUGGCGUCUGUAACAAUCGUCUUCAUAAGGACUGGGGUCGCGCUGGCACUGCCUUCCAGCGCAUCCUUGCGCCAGAUUACGAUGAUGGUGUUGACUCUCCCCGCCUGCUGUCCAAAGCGACUGGGAAAUCUCUACCCUCACCUCGGUCCAUCUCCUCCAGGGUGAUAGUGGACCGGGACAGCCUGUACGACAACUUCACAAUUCUCAUCAUGCAGUGGGGACAGUUCCUAGAUCACGAUAUUACCCACACACCCAUCACCAAAGGUAAGAACAUGUCGGACAUUACCUGCUGUAAGAGUGGUCAGCGGCGUCAACCUCGUGAGCUUCACCCAGACUGUAUACCCAUUGAAAUUCCACUUGAAGACAACUUCUACAACCAGUUUGGACAGCGGUGCAUGGAGUUCGUGAGGUCCAUGCCAGCGAUGAGACCCAAGUGUAACUUCGGCCCACGGGAGCAGAUGAAUCAGAUCACCUCCUUCAUUGAUGCCAGUAAUGUAUAUGGAUCAAAUGAAGAUGAAUCUAAGGAGCUUCAGACUUUCAACAAUGGUCUGCUCAAAGUAAACUCGGUGGGCCACUCUCUCCUUCCUCCAAACCCGACUGAGUGUCAGAACAGUGUAGGUCAAGAAUACUGCUUCAAGGCUGGUGACAGUCGGGUGAAUGAGCAGCCUGAGCUGGCAGUGGUGCACACCAUCUGGAUGCGACAACACAACAAACUGGCGCAGGAGCUUAAAAAAAUCAACCCUGGAUGGAAUGACGAGAUAAUCUACCAGGAAGCCCGCAGAAUCGUUGCUGCCCAGAUACAACACAUUACCUACAAUGAGUACCUCCCCAUUGUCCUGGGUCGCCAGUUUAUGGAGACAUUUGGCCUAGUGCCCCAAAAGCAGGGAUAUGCUCCGGGCUACCGAGAGGACAUUGACCCUAGCAUAAACAAUGCCUUUGCCACUGCUGCCUUCAGAUAUGGUCACACACUCAUCUCUGGCAACAUGGAAGGCUACAGCAAGUUUGGUACCAUAGACAGGAAAUUGCGACUCAGUGAGAACCAGUUCUCACCCUUCAUCUUGUACAAACCAGGUGGCAUGGACUCCCUCUUGCGUGGACUUUCCAUCCAGCCCAGCCAAAAGUUUGACCACUUUUUCAGUAAAGAGUUGACCAAUCACCUGUUUGCUGGUAAGAAUGCUUUUGGGAUGGAUCUUGUGGCCCUGAACAUUCAACGUGGACGUGAUCAUGGUCUGCCGGAUUACAACCAAUGGAGGGAGAUCUGUGGCCUCAAACAUGCCAACGAUUUUAGUGACCUCAGUGAUGUUAUGGAUGCAAAUGUAAUAACCCAACUACAGCAGUUGUACCACCAUGUGAAUGAUAUUGAUAUUUUCAUCGGUGGAAUUGCCGAGAGACCAAGGGCAGGAUCCCUUCUGGGCCAUACCUUCUUGUGUAUAGUGGGAGAUCAGUUUGCACGCCUCAGGCUGGGUGAUAGGUUCUACUAUGAAAAUGGAGGAUUGGCUUCAUCUUUCUCUGAAGCUCAAUUGGAACAAAUCAGAAAGACCAGCUUGGCCAGAAUAAUGUGUGACAACUCGGAUAACCUGGAGAUGAUGCAGCCACUGGUCUUUGUCCAAGCUCAGCUUAUAAAUAAACGUGCUCUCUGCAAAGUUGGCAACCUAAUCCCAAAGAUAUCUCUCCUGCCAUGGAAAAAUGAACCUGUGUGGGCUUAAGAAGAAUGAUAAUGAAAACAAAUCAAUAUUGAAGCAAGAUAUUCAUUUCAGGUCCAGGUAUUUUAUGAACAAAUUAAAUGUUGUCUUUUAUUUGAGAAA